UCGCCUGUCCCGCUGGCCAGCGCGAGCUGCAGGAGCCAGAAGCACCAGGCGGAACAUGACCACGGAGGGUCCCGCCACGCGUCGAGUCCAGCUGGCAGAACAUUCCAGGUUGCUGAAGCUAAAGGAGAUGUUUAAUUCUAAGUUUGGAUCCAUCCCCAAGUUUUAUGUUCGAGCACCAGGAAGAGUCAACAUAAUAGGGGAACAUAUAGAUUACUGUGGAUAUUCUGUUCUUCCAAUGGCAGUAGAACAGGAUAUGUUAAUAGCCGUGGAACCUGUGAAAACACACACUCUCCAGUUGGCCAACACAAAUCCCUUGUACCCGGACUUUACGACUAAUGUCAAGAACAUUCAAAUUGACAAAACCAAGCCUCUGUGGCAUAAUUAUUUCCUAUGUGGAUUUAAAGGAAUUCAGGAACACUUUGGUCUUAGUGACCUGACUGGAAUGAAUUGCCUGGUGGAUGGAAAUAUCCCACCGAGCUCUGGCCUCUCCAGUUCCAGUGCUUUGGUCUGUUGCGCUGGCUUGGUGACACUCACAGUACUGGGGAUGAGCCUAUCCAAGGUAGAACUUGCUGAAAUAUGUGCCAAGAGUGAACGUUACAUUGGCACUGAAGGAGGCGGGAUGGACCAGUCCAUAUCAUUUCUUGCCGAAGAAGGAACUGCCAAGUUAAUAGAAUUUAGUCCUCUGAGGGCAACUGAUGUGAGACUUCCAAAUGGAGCAGUGUUUGUGAUUGCCAACAGUUGUGUGGAAAUGAAUAAGGCAGCAACAUCCCAUUUUAAUAUCAGAGUGAUGGAGUGUCGGCUGGCUGCGAAGCUCCUGGCUAAGUACAAAUGCUUGCAGUGGGAUAAAGUACUGCGGCUGGAGGAGGUGCAGGCUGAACUAGGUGUAAGUCUGGAAGAAAUGCUGUUAAUCACAGAGGAUGCCCUUCAUCCUGAGCCCUAUAGUCCUGAGGAGGUCUGCAGGUGUUUGGGAAUUAGCCUACAGGAACUCCGCAGCCAAAUCCUCAGUCCAAACACACAAGAUGUGCUACUCUUCAAACUCUACCAGCGGGCACAGCAUGUGUACAGCGAGGCUGCACGGGUGCUCCAGUUUAAGAAGAUCUGUGAAGAAGCCCCCAACAACACACUCCAGCUGCUGGGAGAGUUAAUGAACCAGAGCCACACAAGCUGCCGGGACAUGUUUGAGUGCAGCUGCCCUGAGCUGGACCAGCUAGUGGACAUCUGCCGGAAGUUUGGGGCUCAAGGAUCUCGACUUACCGGAGCAGGAUGGGGUGGCUGUACAGUAUCAAUAGUGCCUGCUGACAAGCUGUCCAGCUUCCUAGCAAAUGUCCAUGAAGCUUAUUAUCAGAGAAGCAAUCGAGGAUUAGCACCUGAGAAGCAGAGUUUGUUUGCCACCAAACCUGGAGGUGGGGCUUUGGUUUUCCUUGAGGCCUAAACGAUGCAAACUAUCUCAGAGAAACUAUUUAGGGCAUUUAGAAACUGGCAAGACUUUGUAUGCCACAGUAAAUUAAUCCUCUUUCUGUUUUGUAUUAUGAUGAAUGGUUGCUAUUAUCAAGAUUUGUUUCCAAAGAAAUGGUUGAAAGCUCUCUAUGCUUCAUAAUGAUUAUUUUUCCAUUUUAAAAUAUGUUUUCUACCAGUAAGAGCCAAAAGUAUUCUUGGACAGAUCUCUUAAGGAUGGUUUACUGAGAUUUAUUGCUUUUAAAAUGAAUGGUAAAAAGCAUUCAAUACUGACCUCAUGGAUUGCCCUUGAAUAAAACAUAUUGCUGCAAUUAAACCAGUACAACUGCA